CUUAGGAAGACGCUCUGAAAAAGAUCAACCCCACAAAUCUGGUUGCGAAACAGCUGGAAAAGUGGAAAAGAAGUUGAUACGUAAAUUCCUGAUGGAAAAAAGUGAUGAUGGUCAAGAGGGACUAAAAUUAACCGUGUAAGGAUGUUUGAAAAUUUUUCGUGAACUGUUACAGCAUCAAAUGCAGACACUCGAGAAAAACAUCGAGUGUGAGGUCCCUUCUUAUUUUUUCCAAGACUAUCCUAAUUAUUUGGUCAAUCGAUAAGGAAAUCAUGGGAAGUUUUAAAGGCCAUGCAUUGCCUGGAAGUUUCUUCCUGAUCACUGGUCUGUGGUGGGCCUCAAAGCAGACCUUUUUGUACGGCACCCGCAGGAACAAAAGUGCUGGUGCGGGAAGACUUGCAUCUCGAGCUACACAACGCCGCAUAGAAAUCAUAGAAGGAGCUGUCAUUUUAUCAUUUUCUAUUAUUGGUAUGUUAGCAGAGCAGCUUCUAGCAGGUGGGCCCAAGUUUCAACUGUACGAUUCUUCCACUCAGCACUGGGAGCAGCUGAUGAACUGGCAGCACACCACCAUGUACCUGUUCUUUGCCAUCGCAGGGGCCAUAUCUCUCACUGUCCACAGCACAGACAUCGCCCCUUUGGCUUUAGACCGAAUGCUGUUGGGUCUUGCUUUCUUUAAUGAGGGAUUUCUGUUCCUUUAUCAUCUCCAUGGUAGAGACCUGCUUGAUGUCCAUGUGCACACUCUUCUACUUUAUGCCAUCUUUGGACAAGCUUUCAUCUGCCUUCUGGAGGUUUUCCACAGGGGGAAUAUUCUACUAGAACUAUUCAGAGCCACUCUCACCGUACUGCAGGGCAGCUGGUUUUGGCAGAUUGGCUUCGUGCUGUACCCACCCAGUCAAGUGAAAUGGGAUCAGACAGACCAUGGCAAUGUUAUGUUUGUCACAUUAUGCUACUGCUGGCACCUCGCGUUUGCAUUGUUCACUGUAGCUGUAGUGUACUGGUCUGUUCUAUGUGCUGUGCGUUCCAGAUUGAGGAGGAUGCCACCCAUGGAAAUGGGGCUUUUGAAACCAAGGGACAAGGAAGUAGAGUCUGAAGACGAGAUGUUAUGAGUGUUUAUCAUCUUUACACGUUCAACCCUGCAUCCCAAUUCAUUUGGGCCUCAGACCAAAGAAAAAUAUGGAGACAGAGAGUGAGAGAUAGAUAGUAACAGUCGAGGCAUUGUCACUAAAUAUUAGCUUUGUCUUAAUCUUCUGAAGAGCAGAUGAGAGAUGACAAACAGUGGCAGUCUUGCCUCCCAAGAUUUUUUUCAUCAAAUUGCAACAAGUGACUCUGAGUAAAUCACAAGAGCCAUAGUGUUAAAUCUCUCGCAUGAUCCCAGUACGAUCACUCCAGUUACAACAGUCUUAUCUUUUUGUGGUCAUUCCUUUUUAUUUCAUUAUCUCACUUCCACUUCAUUUCACUGAUGCACCUCAGGAUCAACCCCUGAGAAGUUAGUUCACACUUGAUUUUUUUCUAUACAAGUUUGGAUUAAGUCAAUCAAAUAUUAUGUAUUGAUUAUUAUUGGGUCAUUACGUAGACUAUUUGUUGGCAUUACAUAAUUUUCUCUUUGACACAUUACUGUGUAAAUUUGAGUAUUUUCUUUGUGUGCCUUGUCAGUAUUUUAUAUGUUGUCACUCAAGGGAAUAUCAUAUUUUAAUCAUAUUGUUUUUAAUGGCACUAUAUGAUCUACAUGCUGAAAUAAUUAUGUUUUAAUGGCCCUAGGAUUUGGGUUUUUUUUAAGUCACUUCUCAGUCAUCAAAUAAUGAUACUUUUGUAUUUUCUUGACAAUUCUUGACAGCCAUUACAAUUCCUCAGUUAGUCUUUUGUGUUCGUUUAUUUCUUAGUCUUUUGUGUUUGUUCCACUGUAUUCUUUGGAAAAGACAAGGGAGAGGAAAAAAACAGGAUUGGCCAUUGUAUGUGGAAUCUUGACAUUAUUGUAUUUUAUCACAUGCAUUUAUUGAAUAAUUUAAUUUGACUUGAUAAAUACAUUU